CAGUCAUUUCAAUGGGGUUAUGGGGGUGGGGGGUUUUCUUAUGUAAACAAGAUGAUGAUGAUGAUAUAUGUUUUCUCAUGUUUAAGCAUAGUUGAAUGAAUAUACAGACUGGAUCCAAUGCUACCAUCAAAUGAUCUUGAAAUUCCAACCAGAUUCUUAAUUAAUUAACUCUUCCUCCUGUUGUUGUUUUCACUAUUUUUUUAACACCAAUCUUCUGACUCAUCAUCAUCUUCUUAUAAAGAUAGUAUAUUUGGGUAUCUGAAACCUCCCUCUGCUUUCACGUGAAAGUACACAAGCUGGGAUUGAUUACCCGUGAAACAACACUCUCAAUUCAUCUUCAGAUCGCGACUGCUUUUAUUAUCUUCAAAGACUCACUGAAAUAAAAGAAAGAGAGAGAAAACCCAUUAUCUCUUAUGACUGUCUGUUGCAAGCAUUCAUCUUUCUCUGCUCAUCAUCAUCAUCAUCACUUCAGCUUCUGCUUCAUUUCCAUGCCAUGGUAACAGCAAUAUUUAAUAUGGGGGAAAACCCAGAAGCCAGUAUUUGGAAAGCCAUUUGGCGAUUGAAUCGAUGAAGGAAGGAAGGAAGGAAGGAAUCAAUGAAUGAAUGAUUCUUGCCUCAUACUAUUCCAUUUCAUUCUUUUUGUUUCAUCAUCUCUGAUUCUCAUUUCAUUUGCUUGCUUGACUGGAUGAUUAGAUAUAUGGAGUUCCCAAGAAGAACUUCAUGUAUUCUACUUCUCCUUUUCUCUACAUCCUUCUCUUUUCUCCUCCAUUGCGCAUUGUCAGACGAUGCUGACACCCUCUUAUCUCUCAAAUCAGAAAUUGAUAACUCAAAUCACCUACAAUGGCGCCAUGGAAGUGAUCCUUGUCAAUGGAAAGGAGUCAAACAAUGCUUAAAAGGAAGAGUCAUAAAGCUAGUCCUCGAACACCUCAACUUAACCGGCCAACUUAAUAUCAAUAUUCUCAACAAGUUAGAUCAGCUCCGACUACUCAGUUUCAAAGCAAACUCACUAACUGGUCAAAUCCCAGAUCUCUCAAGCCUACCAAAUCUCAAAUCAAUCUAUUUAAACGGAAAUCAUUUCUCCGGUCAAAUUCCGGCGACUCUUUCCCUUCUCCACCGUCUCAAGGUCAUUGUCAUAUCAGAUAACAGAAUCUCCGGCGAAAUACCCAACUCCCUGCUCAACCUCAGCCGCUUAUACGUACUAUCUUUAGAUAACAAUCAACUCACAGGCGAAAUCCCUCCGUUUAACCAACCCAGUUUGAGGUUCUUCAAUGUAUCCAAUAACCACCUCCACGGUCAGAUCCCAGUGACUCCUGCCAUGGUUAGAUUCUCUAUCUCUUCGUUCUUCGGCAACAUUGGCCUUUGCGGAACCCAAAUAGAAUCGACAUGCGAUUUAAUGUCGCCGUCGGCGAGCCCCAGUUCUCCGAUUAAGGAGAAGAAGAAGAAACAUGGGUUGAAUCGGAAACAGAUUACCGCCGUCGUAGUCGGCAGCGUGGGGGGUUUUGGGUUACUGAUUCUCUGUCUUAUAAUCAUGUGUGUUGUCUGUAAGAGAAGCGGGAGGACGUCUUCUAGGACCGUCACAACGACGGCGGAAGGAAACAACAACGGCGGCGCCGUCGGCGCCGGUGGAGGGAAGCAGUUUUCAUGGGAAGAAACGGAAGAGGGAGGAGGGACGGGAAAUCUGGUGUUUUUGGUAGGAGAAGGGGUAGGGGAAGAGAGGAUGAACUAUACAAUGGAGGAUCUAUUGAAGGCGUCGGCGGAGACAUUGGGAAGAGGAACUGUGGGUAGCACUUACAAGGCGGUAAUGGAAUCGGGAUACAUUGUGACGGUGAAGAGGCUGAGGGAGGCGCGAUAUCCACGCGUGGAGGAAUUCAGAAGAUAUAUGGAGAUAUUGGGUAGAUUAAGGCACCCGAAUCUGGUUCCAAUUCGUGCCUAUUUUCAUGCUAAAGAAGAACGACUCCUUGUUUAUGAUUACUUCCCAAACGGCAGCCUUUUCUCACUCAUUCACGGAUCAAGAGCACCUCCGGGAGGAGGAAAGCCUCUUCAUUGGACAUCAUGUUUGAAAAUAGCAGAAGAUGUAGCUGCUGGAUUACUCUACAUUCACCAGAAUUCAAAUCUCACCCACGGAAAUCUCAAAUCCUCAAACGUACUUCUCGGAUCCGACUUCGAAUCCUGUCUCACCGACUACGGUCUCUCUUCCUUCAAAAACCCAGAUGACAUAACCGUCGAAUCCAGCGGCGGCGGCGUCUUUUACAAAGCACCGGAGUGCCGGCACAUGACAACAACAGCAACCACCAGCACACAGGAAGGCGACGUGUACAGCUUCGGUGUUCUUGUUCUUGAACUUUUAACUGGGAAGACGCCGUUUGAGGAUGUUGUUGAGGAACAUGGAUCUGAUAUUCCUAAAUGGGUACGGUCUGUUAGGGAAGAUCAUGAGACGGAGGAGUCUGAUGAUGGACCUCCGAAUGAGGAUAAACUUGGGGCGCUGUUGAAUAUUGCUAUGGCGUGUGUCUCUGUUUGUGGUGAUGAAAGGCCUGUGAUUAAGGAGGUAUUGAGGAUGGUGAGGGAAGCGAGAGCUGAGGCUCAUGUUUCGUCUAAUAGUAGUGAUCAUUCGCCGGGGAGAUGGUCUGAUACAGUUCAGAGCUUACCUAGAGAAGAUCAUCAACAUCUUAGCAUUUAGAUUAUUUUGCUGUAGGAAGAGAAGAUGAUGAUGAAGAGGGGAUUCAUCUAUUGCAACUCUCAAGUACUAGUGUUAUUUUCUUUUUGUGUUGAUGGAAGAUUUUGAUUGAUUGAAUGAUUGAUUACAGUCUUAUGAAAAUGAAAGUCCCAAAUUUGUUUGAU